GCGGGCGGCGCGUGCGCCCUGCCAGGGGAAGCGGCGGUUCCUGCUUGCGCUGGCUGCGGCCUGCCUGGCACUGAGGGAGGGGGCGGCCCAGGCCCCGGACCGGCGGCGGCGGAGCGGGGCUAUGGACCCGGCGGAGGCCGUGCUGCAGGAGAAGGCCCUGAAGUUCAUGAAUCUCUCUGGAUACAGCCUGGUUAAUCACAGUUCCAGAAGUGCAGAGACAAUGCCCCGAAUACAUAUGCCCAAAGAUGGAUUCCAACUUACAUCUUCUGGAUACCAAGCAUGGCUAAAGCAGGAAACUUUGCUGUGCCAAUUGGCAAUUGUUCUGGAGGAGCCAAAGCAGCACAAAGAUGAGCAACAUGUGCUCUUGAGGGGCAGCUCCUACGCAUUGGUGGAGCGCCUCCGUCUGAUAAGGAGGCACAAGGAGGACAUGCUUCACAAAAUGCUGCAAUCAUCAGAUCUGGCUGAUAGCGAGCACAGAGCAUGGAGAGACACAAUAAACGAGAAACUAGAAUGCUCUAUGCCCAGAUCUCUGUGGCUGGGCUGCUCCAGCCUGGCGGACAGCAUGCCCUCGCUGCGAUGCCUGUAUAACCCAGGGACUGGCGCACUCACAGCUUUCCAGAAUUCCUCAGAGCGAGAAGACUGUAAUAAUGACGAGCCCCCUAGGAAGAUCAUUCCAGAGAAGAAUUCACUUAGACAGACCUACAACAGCUGUGCCAGACUGUGCUUAAACCAAGAAACAGUAUGUCUAGCGAGCACUGCUAUGAAGACUGAAAAUUGUGUGGCCAAAACAAAACUUGCCAAUGGCACUUCCAGCAUGAUUGUGCCCAAACAAAGGAAGCUGUCUGCAAGCUAUGAGAAAGAGAAGGAGCUGUGCGUCAAGUAUUUUGAACAGUGGUCCGAGUCCGACCAAGUGGAGUUUGUGGAACAUCUCAUCUCCCAGAUGUGUCAUUACCAGCACGGACAUAUAAACUCGUACCUCAAACCCAUGUUACAGAGGGACUUCAUCACUGCACUGCCAGCUCGGGGUUUGGAUCACAUUGCGGAGAACAUACUGUCGUACCUGGAUGCCAAAUCAUUAUGUGCUGCUGAGCUGGUGUGUAAGGAAUGGUACCGGGUGACAUCUGAUGGCAUGCUGUGGAAGAAACUUAUUGAGAGAAUGGUCAGGACAGACUCGUUGUGGAGAGGGUUGGCAGAGAGGAGAGGAUGGGGACAGUAUCUAUUUAAAAAUAAGCCACCUGAUGGGACUGCCCCACCCAACUCCUUCUAUAGAGCACUUUAUCCAAAAAUUAUACAGGACAUAGAGACAAUAGAAUCAAACUGGCGGUGUGGAAGGCACAGUUUACAGAGAAUCCACUGCCGGAGUGAAACUAGCAAAGGGGUUUAUUGUUUACAGUAUGACGAUCAGAAGAUAGUAAGUGGCCUGCGAGACAACACUAUCAAGAUCUGGGAUAAGAAUACAUUGGAAUGCAAGCGAAUUCUGACUGGACACACAGGUUCCGUCUUGUGCCUGCAGUAUGACGAGCGGGUGAUCAUUACUGGAUCUUCUGAUUCAACCGUCAGGGUGUGGGAUGUAAAUACCGGCGAGAUGCUAAACACGCUGAUUCACCACUGUGAAGCAGUGCUUCACCUGCGCUUUAACAAUGGCAUGAUGGUGACUUGUUCCAAAGACCGUUCCAUUGCCGUCUGGGACAUGGCUUCCCCGACAGACAUUACCCUGCGGAGGGUCCUGGUAGGACACAGAGCUGCUGUCAACGUAGUGGACUUUGAUGACAAGUACAUUGUGUCAGCAUCAGGUGACAGGACUAUAAAGGUCUGGAACACUAGUACCUGCGAGUUUGUGCGCACCUUAAAUGGCCACAAACGAGGCAUCGCGUGUCUGCAGUACAGAGAUCGGCUAGUAGUGAGUGGCUCUUCAGAUAACACUAUCAGGUUGUGGGAUAUCGAGUGUGGAGCGUGUUUACGAGUACUGGAAGGCCAUGAGGAGUUGGUGAGAUGCAUACGCUUCGAUAACAAGAGGAUAGUCAGUGGGGCGUAUGAUGGGAAAAUUAAAGUGUGGGAUCUUGUGGCUGCUCUGGACCCACGUGCUCCAGCUGGGACCCUCUGUCUGCGAACCCUCGUGGAGCAUUCUGGGAGAGUCUUUCGACUCCAGUUCGACGAAUUCCAGAUCAUCAGCAGCUCGCACGAUGACACAAUCCUCAUGUGGGACUUCCUGAAUGACCCAGCUGCCCAAGCAGAAUCGACCCGCUCCCCAUCCAGAACAUACACUUACAUCUCCAGAUAAAUAACACUACACUGUACCUCACGCGCACAGAACUCGUUUAAGCUGCAGUAUUUAAAUUAUCUGCCAAUGCCGGGACAAAAGAACUAUCCACGUAACCAAUCCUUGCGGAAGAGAGAGGCGCUCAGAUUCAUUUCUAGAACAAAGUUGGCCUGCGGUUGAUCUCCGACAGGGUCUGCUCAGCGCAGCUGACUGCUGAAGUGCUGCUAUAUCAGAAGAUGUCUUUGGUCUUUCAUGAACGAUUAACGUUUUUAAACCAGCCCUCUUCCUUUUCCCCUCUGCCUAGCCACUCCCGUCCUCACUCCCCUGUUUUUCCCUCUUGCCCCAGUCACAGAUGUCCUAUAAAUAUAUUUAACGUGUUGCCAGAAUUUGUUGCUUUGGUGUUAAACAGAAGACUCAUUGCCACUGUGCAUCCUGCUGAGAGUCACUUCCGAGGGGGGGGAAGGGGCUGCUGCUUAGAAUAUUAAACAACAUCAUUGCUGGGCUUUUGUAAGACCAUGUAACUGCUGACUCUGAAAAGCAACAAACGCCGUGUUGGAGAGGAGGUGAGAGCCCCUGCUGCCUUGGGCGUUCUGUCCGGAAAGUGGGGCUUGUGGAGCUAUUCGGCAUCUGAAGCUGACAAUUUGGAGCCAAAUCCGCCUCUUGCUUUCAUCUCUUGCUUGUCCCUCUAACUCUUUAGAGGCUGGAUGUGUAUUGCAAUUUCCCUCCACAGUCAUUGGGCUGCCAGUCUGGGCAGUGCCAGUCCACAAAAGGCUAAACUGGCUUCUGCCCAAGUCCCAUAUUGCCUAGGGGUGGGAAUCAGUUCCAGGAGGGCAGGAGGCAGUAUUUCACUGUCAAAGACAUUCUCUGUACCCAGGGCAGGGGUCUGUUUCUCCUGCUACUGGCCCCGAAGGCCGUGCGGAUUUUGUUAAUGGUUUACGAUUUCUACUUCUGAUCAGAUAGAAACGUGAGGCUGGGGUGAGGAGAAGACUCUGGCUCCCUCUUUCCUCCUCCCCCAGGAGAUGCCACCGCCAGAGGGUGGAAGAGGGAGCCGCAGAGGACCUUGUUAGCCCAGCUUUGGGGGGCUUUUGUGGCUGACCACAUCCCUAAAUAAGAAUAUAAGAGCUGCUGUAGUGAGUCAGAUGAGUGGCCCAAGUAACCCAACAUCCUGUCUCUGGCAGUGGCCAGCAUGGUGUACUGUGACCCAGGAGGGCAUGGCCGGGUUGGGUCCUGUGGCUGAUAGGGCAGAUACAGCCAGUUGGCUGGGACAGGCAUGCGUGUUUUCUCAUUGGUUUAACCAGUGGGAUGGUCUAUCUUGGCCAGCUGGCUGUACCUCUAGGCCAGCUCUGCAGUAAUUCUGGGGGCUGGCGCUGCCAGUCCCCACUGCGGGCGAGGGAGAUGAGCCUUGUGACCUUCCUGAGCCCCAGCCUUCUCUGCACUACAGUUUAGGAACAGGACGAUAAUUAACCCAUGUCUGAUAAUCACCCUGACUCUUCACAUGCUAGCUGAGACCUUUGAGAACUACUGUGGCUCAGAAUGGAGAGCAUCCCGCUGGCAGGCAGAACACGAGGAGCAAUUCUCCACGUCUCAGCCAGUCAGCUAGACCAGAAGGGCCAGUGGGGGACCCCGCAGGCGCUGGCUUCCCCACUGCAGCAGGAACAGCAAUCCGAAAGGCCUUGCUUUUGGAAGAGGAAGGGUUAAAUGAAAUACUCUCCAGUCAUUCCAACCUCAGUUGAGGGUCUGUCAAAAUUUCUGGUACAAACCUUAGGCCCAGUUCUCCCACUGCAGGUCUUGAACGACACCCAUUGCCUUCACUGGGAGUUUGUCCUGUCCUGCACUGGGAAACUAGAACCCUUUAUCUCCUCAGCUCUAAGGUUGGAACUUGGCAGAUGGGAGAUUUGACUGGUACAUUCUCGCCAGCCUUGUUCUGCCGGUGGUCACGAUUGCAUCACUCUAACUAGCUUUGCUGUCCUUUUUCCACCAGCGACGUUUUUGCAAGUGACUAGCCCAAUAUACGAGACUCGCUCUCGGUGACUUGAGGAGCUAGCAGAUGGGAAGGCAGUGGAGACGUUGGAAGAGCUGGUAGAGCUCAGAGUACUCAGAACAGCUCCAAAGGAGCGUGAGAAUCAGUGCAAAAAGAAACACCCAGCUCUCGUAUGUCUUCAGGAGGGCCUAGGACCCAGAGCGACUCUAAAGAGCCUCUUAGUCAGAGCUGGUCAUUGACAUGCCUCUGACUUUCUAUUUGUUUAAAUUACUAUUGUAAAAAGAGCAAAAUAAACUAACUCCGUUCAGAUAACAUUCAUGGUCUGACUCAGACGGGCAGAGGCAAAGAAAUGCUGAGUCAAGACCAAAGGCUUAUCCUUAAUACUAGGCUGAACUAUUGCCGAGGUCACUGGGUGAUCAGACAUGCUGGAUCCCCAAAGCAUGGGCAGAGACGGGUGGAUCAUUUUUUUCGCUCUGAAUUGCUCCGGCUGAAGUGGAGUUCCAAGUCUCAUCCUUAAUGUUGUUUGAACACAGCUCCUUUUGGUGUAGUUGUUACAAAACUGCAGUGUGGCUGUGUGAGAGUGGACAUAUAUAUGGAGCUGGCUGCAGACUCAACAGCUUUUCUUUCCUCCAUUUGUCUUGUCGCUUUUCGGCUACAGGCUGUGCUAGACGAUCAUGACUCUUCGCCUUGGAUACUAGAGAUGUUCUCACUGUUUUAUCACUGUCCUUGGGGGCGGUGCCUGCUAGUGUGGAGUUUGUUUUGCUAGUUAUGAGGACUUCGGGAGAUGCAGAAUGCUUACUGGCCAAACAUGGAGACAACACUGUUGCAAAUCAUCAUUGGUUGUCCUAGCCCUGCUGUUCCAUGCUGCUAUUUUGAAACUUCUAAGCACUGUUGGGUUUUUUUUAUUUUUUUAUUUUUUAUUUUUUUUGUAUGGUGUAUAGUAGAGUGGUGGUUGACUCUUCAGGAGGGACUAUGUCUGGGUACUUAAAUACAGAAUAGCUCAAUGGAGAAUCCUACCCCAAUCCCAAGUUCCUUCUGAUGUCUAAGAAGGAAACUGAUCUAAGAAACUCAAAUCUGCCACAGCUCCCAGCCUUGGGGUCAUCUGCUGUUCAGCAUAGGAGGAAUAAUGUGGUUAUUAGACCUUCAUGUCAAGACCAAGGUGGCUUUCUACCUUCUCCACUAAGGAUCUGUGUGUGAAGAUUUCAAUGUGAAUUGGCUGCGUAAUCCCCAACAGGGCUGGAGUAAAUGCAGCAUUUAAAAAGAAAAGAAAAAUGAAAUUAGCCUGCUGAAAGGAGCUAAAAGCAAGGGCUAGAGGUGUCCAUGGACUUCAUGUGUUGCACAUCCAUUUGAAAUGAGAUACAUCUGCUGCAUCGAGACUGUCACUUCUCCCACGAGAGUCUUGCCUUUUGGACUUGGGGACUGGAAACGAGGUGGGACGUAAGAGCAAGACAAUCCAUUACAGUGUCACCAACGCCAGUUUGCAACUCCAGGGCAGCUAGAGGCCAGGAGGGAGUCUUGCUGCAAACCUGCGGGUUUCUGAUCCCAGGAGGAAAGCUGCUCAUGUCAACCUAUGCAAACCCCGAGAACCUUUGCAGCUGUUCCUCUGCUCCCUGUUAACUUCCAGGGAUGGACACAUGCUGUUGGAACUGAGGGUUUCAGGUGGUGAGAGUUGAGGUCUGAUCAUUGUGAACAUCAAAAUACUUUAAACUUGUUUCUGAACUGGAAGACGAUGUGGCCCGCCGUGCUUCCCCUUCCCAUCCACCUGUCCCUGCAUUGAAAGGAUCCUUCAGUCUGUAUUUUAAUCCCUGUACACUCAAAAGCUGGAGAGUAUGGUGCAUAUUUUUCCUCUUUCUCCUCCCCGCACUGUCUGAACAGAACAUUGGGCCUGAUGCUGAGACUCUCAUCACCCCGAAGUCCGGUUGGGAGUUGUGGGUGUUCAGCACCUGUCAGGAUUGGGCCUGUCACUCAAGUGUCCGUUGAUUUCCUUCAGCUCCCUUUUAGGUCUGCUUUUGUGACCCGGGAUUCCUGAACUGGUCCAUGGAGCAUUUGGGGGGAUGAUGCUUAGCUCCCCUCCUCCUCAGCAGCUGAUAAUGGAGCAGAGGAGCCAGCUUGGCUGCUGCAGGGAUAUGGCUCUUUUGCAAAUGAGCUCUCCCCUGCAGGAGGGGAGGGGAGGGGAAGGGAAGGGAAGGGAAGCAGCCCAGGGGAUUGGAAAGGGGAGGGGAGAGAGGCCCCUCUGCGAAGGUGGGGACUACACUGAACAGAUGUCAUGGCCCUGGUCUAGAUUGUGCACUGCUCUACAGUGUGCAGCUGGUUUAGAAGGAAGGAGAUUCUUCUGUGUAGGAGAGGGUAAAAAAGCCUUGUCAGAAACAACUGCUUCCUAGAAUUGCCGGAUUGGUUGACUCCCCUUUUUUUGUACCCUUUCGGGGUCGGGAGGACAAUCUGAAAUACAGUCAUUGGGAAUACCAACGGCCAAAGAGAACUUUACCAGGGGCCUCUUGCGGCAUGCAGGAUGCGUUUAUCUUGCUGAGCUUUGCCUUGUUGUUACUCCCACCUCACCACAAGCAACAAGAUUUGCAGAGAGAGGGUAACUUCAGGUGACCCCAGCUGCACCUUCAGAGGCAGGGCCUGCAUGUGAAAUCUCUCCUGUGACUGCCUGCUGGUUUUCGUCCAUGUGGUCCACGGUCACCCUACCCUCACUAUGGAGGAGUGCUGCUCAGGGAGACUACAGGUCCCAGCAUGCAAUGCUCCGUCUUGAGCCAAGCCUCCAGCACUUGGGUUGAGAUGGAAGAUGGCCUGCUGGGACUUGUAAGCUCUGACAGCUGCACCUCUUUGCUGAAGAUACUGCCAGCUGCAUUCUGAGGCUUUUUUCACGUAAGGUUUGGUCUUUCGGCUGCUGCUGGCAGGUUCCCAACUCAGCCCUCAGUUGGUCCGAGGUUGGGCACCCUGUCAUACCGUGUGAUACCUAAUCUGGCUCAGGAAUCUACCCACUUGCUACCUUUUAAAUCAUCCUCUAGGUGCCCUGCCAAACAGCCUGGUGGCUAGCUCCUCUGUCUGCCUAGGACCAGGAGCACCCUUCCACGCAGCUAGAUUUCAGUCCCCAUUUGCUCGUGCUGUUACAGUUCUGUUCAACACACGUCCAUAACAUUAGUGACACUUGGUCUGCCCUACCAGCUUACACUGGUGUAACGACGUCACUCAGGAGUGUGGGAAACCCACCCCCCAAGCGACGACAUUAUACCCACCUCACUAUGUUGGUGGGAGGGCUUCUCCCAUUGCCCUAGCUGCUGUCUCUUGGGGGGUGGAGUCCCUACGCUGGUGGGGGCUGCCUAGUAGCUGCACCGCUCCAAGUGUAGACAAGCCCCGUGUGUGUGCACACCCGCUGACAGGUUUAAUUCUCAGCUUGAGGGGGACACACGCACUCCAGCCAUGCCUGAGCAGACCCCCCUGGGUACGGUCCCGCACAGCUAGCCCGAGCCACCUCCCAUGCUGCUGCAGCCAGGCUGCCACUUUUAGGUACAAACUCGAGCAGAGCUAGUGUAUCCAUCUACCCAAGCUGGGAAUUAGAACUCCCAGCGGCUCCGUGGAUGUAACCUUAGGGAUGCAUUGCUCACCGCAGGCCCCUUACAAUACUGCCCCUGGCUACUGGUUACAUUUUAGCAAUGGGCCACCCUGAGAAGUUUUCAAGUGACUCCUAAAUUAUUAUGGCCAGAAGAGUGACUUGGUAAAAUUUGGUCCUCCUUACUCAACAUGACUGCUGCCUGCAUGUCUUUGAAUCCUAGUUGCUGACUUCACUGGUAAAAUGUGUUGAUCCUGUUAGCAGUGCAGAGCUAAUUAUUAGUAAAGUUCUACUUGCUGAAUCAUUACUCCUGGAAGAGGGUGACCCACCUCUGUUGUCAGGUCCCAAGUUGAUGUCCGUGCUAGUGAGCUGGCUGGUAAAAAGGAUUUGUCCUGCUGUGAAACUAAUUGAGACAACCAAUGUGGAACUCUAUGUUGUCACCUCUGAGUGUAACCCCACUUUCAGCUCCUUUCCUUGGUGUUCCGACAUGAGACGCUGGGCUGCUAAUUCCAUCCAUAGUCAUGAUGCAAAAGUCACUGGUAACCGACAAAAGGUAAUUGAUCCAGUAACUUGUAAUUACUUUUACAGUGUAGCUGUUUAAUACCCCUGAGCACCCAAUUGUCCAGCCUGUGCUGCAUCACUUUUAAACGGCUCAGAUGGAGGUGGGCGUGAAAGUGGAAGGGGUAGAAAGAACAUGGUCUCUUCAGAGUUUUCUGUUUGUUACUCUGCUAUAUUUGUUCUCUAGAUUCUUAAGUAAUGAGUGCUUUGAAUUUUGUGAUUAUGUUACCGUGACGUGUAGGUAAUGUACUAAUGUUCACUUGAACUAGGAUCAUGGUAACCGUGUGGGUUUUUUAUUAUUUUAACUGUUCAGAAAAUAAGUUAAAUACAAGUGUAAUAUUAAGCUGUGAAUCUGUUGUUUUAUUUCUGGUAUGGAGGAUGUAACCCUAAAUACAAAAAGUCUCAGUUCUUCUUUGAA